AUGUUGGCCAAGCUGUUCGUAGUGUUGUUGAGCUAUCUCCUUCUGGUGUUUCUUGCCGCUCGAAUCUUCGAAAUUUCAUCGACAUGGCUGAAAGCUGGUUGUCUGGCUAGUCAGCUGUUGAGUCCGUUCGCUCUGAGUGUUAAAAAACUAAAAGCGAUUUUGGAAGAAAGGGGCGUUAGUUACACGGGUUUGGUGGAGAAGAAAGAGCUUGCUGAAUUAGUCGAGGCUUGCGGAGCGGUGACAGGGGCCGAAAGCUGCUCUAUUAGCACCGAAAGUUCUGGAGAAGACGAAGAGAAAAGCAACGAGCUGCAAUUUACUGGAGCAUCUCACUUCUUUGAGGAAGUGGAAGAUACCAAAGCCGGGACAUGGUUGGUUGAUGUCAUACCUGAAGGUCACUCGUCCUUGCUCCGUAGGAAGCAAUGGUUGGUCCUCAAACGGAAGAUCGUUCGAUUUGGUAUUCGAAUCGGAACAUUUAAUUGUGGCAAUGAUCCGAGAUUGUGCAUUAAGUAUGGCUGGAAGGAGCCGUCCCUCGCUAUUUCUAUGCCUCAGGGAAAUCAACCGAAGGGUAACGUCAUUUUAAAAACAUACGAUUCAAAACCUUCGGUGGAACUGGUGUUCAGGUGGAUUAGCAAAGAGCUGUCUUUGAAGAUAGAAACAUUUGACAGAGUAGAAGAAUUUUCUAAUACAUUUAAAGAGAAAAUAAAAGAAAAUCCCGUCUAUGUCGUAUUAUUCACGACAUUACCAGAACCUCCUUUAUACCUUGCUUCCCUUUCAGUUCAGUUUACGGGAAGAGUUCGAUUUGGACACGUACGAGUAUUCGAUUGGACGACAAAAAAACAUAUCCUGAAAAACUACAACAUCAAAAAUUUUCCAAGGCUCAUGAUAUUUACACCAGAGGGGAAUUUGACGUACGGUUAUAGAAAAGGAGAGUGGAUAAGAUAUCAUAACCUUGAACUAUUCCUAAAAACACUACAUCCAGAAGUGAAUGAUGUAUUUGUGACAGUGUUCCUGAUGAUAAAUGUGAGCUGUUGUAUGGCUUUAUUCAUAAUAGAUGGGGGCAUACUGAAAAGAUUAAUUAACUUCAUAUGGCUCCUGAUAUUUUAUAAUACCAGCCUUAUAAUUCUUUGCCUUCCAGUCCUCUCAAUAUUGCAACUACCGUUACUGACUCCAGUUCUGGAUUUUGUCCUGAAAUACUCCAGAUAUGCUAUGACAUCAGAUGCUGCAGCAAUUAUGAGAAAUUACUUAGGUUUGGGAUUACAACACAAGUGGUUAAUGUUUGGGGGAUAUUUUUGUUAUGGUAUAAUGAUAUGGUGGGUGCAGAAGAGAAUUAGAUGGUACUUUGGAUACGAGAGUGAAAGUGACAAUGUAACAUCAAUCACAGAAUGGUUUACUCAAGAUCUUCACUACAUUACAAAUGUUGUACAGACAUUUCCCACUUUGGGACAGUCACGAAUAAACUACAGUGUUUCCGGUCUUGAGGAUGGGUUUGAACUUCUUAUUCGACGCCUUGCAGUCCCUGAACUGUGGCUCCGUCCUGUCAUUCCUGCUGAAUAUCUUAACAGCCUCCCAGUUUGGAGAUUCUGUCAUUCUCAGGUGAAUCAUUGCUCUGACAACAAACAUAAGCAGUGCUCAAGCAAGCACAAUUCUUGUUGCAAAGAAUCUGUAAAACCACCUGGGAUGUUGGUGGCACAAGACUGCUCAAUAUGUCUGGAGGAUUUCAAAAGUGGUUGCAUGUUACUUGGCCUCCCUUGUGGUCACUGUUACCAUCAGAGGUGCAUUGAAGAGUGGCUUUGUGGGGGGAAUUCCAGUGGUCAUUAUUGUUGUCCUGUGUGUCGCUGGCCUGCUUUCAAGCAAAAGCCUCCGGCAUUAGGAGCAAACCCAAUAAGAAGUCAAGCUCAAGAGACAAAUGUUUGAGUAUCCUAAGGCAUUGUAAGACAUGGCCACCAGUGCUUGAAGGAACAGUUUUUGAAAGCAGUAUUUUUUUCUCUUUUUUAACCCUAAGGCCACAGGGUCUUAUGGUGAGUAAAAUUUUCUUUUUAGUCAUUUUCUUUCUGUUACAGCUAUUUGCAAAACUGUCUCAAAGUCUCUUAAUUUUGGUGAGCUAUUCAGGACUUCUGACUGAUACGUAAGAUUAAAAAAUUGCAUUUCUUUUUCCAAUUUUAAUUUUAAAUUAAUAAUGAUGUAAAUGUGUUGUGUAUGCUUUGAAGCUUCAGUUUUUAAAAGUUAUUUUACUCUUUAACUUCCUUUACAGCCUUGCAUAUUUUUUUAAUCAUUAAUUUUAACUUGAAUGAGGGUAUUAGAACAGGCCAGGUUCAUUUGAAAUUCAGACAAGAACUAGAAGGUGUGGGAACAAAACAAAUGAAAUAGCACUAAGGUUUUAGCAUGGAUAAUACAUUCCUUUAGUCUGUUCCCAUCAGCUUUUGGCUAAAUAUGAACCUUUUUUUAACUGAUAAGAAUACAUAAUGAAAAUUACACAUGAAGAUGAUCACCAAUUUAAGAAGCUCCUGAUUGUCAAUCAAAUUCUCUUUGUCACUGAGAUAAGAAAUGUAAAGAGAACUGUAUGGAGAAUAUGAAUGCUUGUGUUGGGGUGUAAGGGGUUAAAAAGAUUAUAACCAUAUGGAAAUGGUGAAGUAAAUCGUACAAUUAAUAAUCAUAUUUAAAAUAUAACAAAAAUUGAUGUAAUCUGAAAAGUUUUUCAAACCUCUCAAAAUAGAAAAAGUAGAGGGUAAUUCAAACAGAGAAACAGGCAUGCUGUUAAGGACAAAAUCCUCACAGCAAUUUUUUUGUACUAAUUCCUCUGGAAACUUGAAUGUGUGAUCACUGGCUACUAAAAGAGAGAGUGUAGCUAAGCUUGAAAGUAAUGUAAAUCAUUUUUUUUCUAAUAAAACAUUAAAAGGCAUAA